GUCAUCCCUAGGAGACAGGCCCGUUUGGCGUAGUAUGAUUAAGUUUAUAAAAAUAAGAAAUUGUAAAUAUCUGUGUACAAUAUAAAUAUUAUUGUUUUGGUUUUUAAUGACUUUAGUUAUAUUUCGUUGUAGUUUUAUUUUAGUUGUUGUGCCUCUCUGCAUAUUUUGAAUUUGUGCUAUUCAUAUAAAAUAAGUAUUGCAGGAAACAUAAAAUUAUUUGUAUGAGUUUUUUUAUAUUACAGAAGUGUUGCAAUAUCAUACAAUACACAACUGCAAUAAACCUACUAAUUGAAAUCAUUCUCAAACCGUUGCUUCCACAAAAUAAACCCAUCAGUACCGGUUUUGGUUCUUAUCUUGACUUGCAGGUUAACAAGCGUUAGUAUUUUCUUCCCAUGUUUUGUGAUAAUGGAACAUGAGAGAGGACGACUUCAACGACUAUGUGCCAUCGAUCCUUAAUCCAAGGGUCGUAAAAAAAGAGAAUAAGGAUAUCAGUUUAACACAGAAUUCUAUUGCCAGUCGCUGUUCUUUAUCUUUAAGAAGAAGAAACGGCAUAUCCAAAUGGAAACAAAAACUGGAUGAGACUCCUACUAAAAACAAUGAAAAUUCACAAAAUGUAUCAAAUUUUGUUCCAAAUAAAGCAAAAUUUCCUGAAAAUGUAAUUAUACAUAGUUCAAAUAGCAAAAAAGUGGAAGAGGAUGGCAGCAUUGGAUACUCAGCAAUUCAAGAUUUGAACACAAGAAAAUCUAAUUCUAGCAUUUUGAGUUUUGGUAAUUUUAUUACAUUUCCAACAGUAGCAGUACAAAAAUGUAAUGAGUCAUUGAGAUCUAUUUCAUCAACUACAGAUUUAAUUGAAUGUCUGACAGAUACAAAAAGCAAAAAAACAAUUACUUAUGAAGUACAAAAACCUGUUGUUAAUUUAUCAUUUGGUAUAAAAAAUUGUAAAAAUGUAGAAGUAAGCACUAAAGAUAGCAAUAUUAAAAGAAUAUUCAUAUCUCAUCAGGAUACUGAUACAAAUAUAGAUUGUGAGGUUAUUGAAGGUUCAGAACUCUCUAUAGUAAGUGAUUUAGAUGAAAAUAUGAAUGAAACUUUCUCACCCAAAACACCAAAGAAAUUGGAUGUAGCUGUCAAUUUAGACAUAAAAAGGAAAAAAUGGUCAGAUGAUAGGGAUGACAACUCAAAAAUUCUUAUUUUAAAUACUGAUGCUAUUGAGAAGAUUUCGCAUGUCAUUAUCCAACCACCAAAUUACAAAUUAGUGAAAAGGAAAAUUCUAAACGUAAAAUCCAACAGUAGUGUUAAAAGGAAAAUAAUUAGAUCCCCACUGAAGAAUGGGAGGAGUGAUAAAUUGAAACAGAAAAAAAUUGAGGCUUAUUUCCGCAGACCCAAUAUUCAGCUGUCAAGUGGGACCGGGAAGUUAGAUAAUGCUGGGGGUGUUGUAAGAGUUCGUGAUGACGUGCAGGUCAUGAGCAAGACUGUGAGUGUUGCUGACGCCGCCAAUACCGGAGUCGGGAAGCUCGUCAGGUCUAAGAAAGACAAUGAAUCACCAAAGUCUACCAAGAUUAGAAAAGAGGCAGAUUCCCCUAAACGCAAUGACAUUAAAGCGUCUAAUUCGGACGCGCCUCGAGCGAUGUCGCCACGCAGUAGAAAUGAUAGCUUAAGUUCAUAUUCGCCGAGGAAAACUGCGGAAUCUUUACAAUUCAAUUUGCCUUCUAAAAUUAAAAAUGCUAAGUCUGCUGCUAGUGCUAAGACAAUACCUCAUCAUAAAAUAGUAGCAGGUACACAUUUUGCAGUUGAUGCGUUCUCGUACGGGGACAUUCCAAAUGUGAAGUAUUAUUUUCUCACUCAUUUCCAUUCUGAUCAUUAUUCCGGGCUGAAGAAAACAUUCAAUAAAUUGUUAUUCUGUUCUCAAGUUACAGCUGAUCUAUGCAUAUCACGGCUAGGCGUCAGUCCAAAGUGCAUUCAUGUAGUUAAUCUUGACGAGACCAUCAAAGUGGAGGGGGUGGACGUGACAGCGGUGGAUGCUAACCAUUGUCCAGGAGCAAUAAUGUUGGUGUUUACAUUGCCUAACGGCAAGACUUUGUUGCACUGUGGCGAUUUUAGAGCGUGUCCGUCAAUGGAAUCAUACCCUAUAUUCUGGAAUAAGGAUAUACACACAAUUUAUCUUGAUACCACGUACUGCAACCCUCGCUACGACUUUCCGACGCAAGAGCAGAGUUUAGAAAUGGCGCUUUAUUUGUUGCGUCAGAAAAAAUUUGCGCUCGAAAAGGCCGGCAAGAAGUUCUCUUCUGUGUUGAUUGUAUGCGGUACAUAUACUAUUGGUAAGGAAAAAUUCUUCCUUGGCAUGGCGCGUCGCGUGGGCUGCACGGUGUGGGCGUUCCCCGAGAAGGACCGCGUGCUGCAACUAGUCGAAGGCCGGAGCUUCAGCCACGCGCCGCCGCAGUCUUGCCAACUGCAUGUUUUAGCAAUGAGAGACCUUACAUACGAGAAAUUAAAAAGUUACCUGGAAAGUCUACAAGGCGCCUUCACCGAGGUGGUAGCUUUCAAACCUAGCGGCUGGGAGAAUGAGAAGAACUCCACAGUUGAAAAGGAUGUUGUAACCAUACAUGGUAUCCCAUACAGCGAACAUUCCAGUUUCUCCGAGAUGAUUCGUUUUGUGAAAUUCCUUAAGCCGAAACAAGUUGUGCCCACUGUCGACAUCUCCGGUGGCAUUAAGGCUGUGCAGAAAUACUUCCCGUGUCCUCUUAUAUACAAAGACGACAUCCAGUCUCAGAGUAAACUGACCGACUUUUUCAGCAUACACAACAAACAGCAAGUGCCAGCCGUCACCUGAAUUAGAUGUUAAUGUGAUUUACAACUAUUCUAAGCUGCCAUUGCGUGACUGUGAUGUAUUUUUGAUAUUGUUAGGUUUAACGAUCAUAUUUUAUAAUAAAUUGUUAAAAGUCCUUGUUCUUUUGUAAUAACAUUUAUUUUUCAUAUC